AACUUUGGAUGGAGCGCGCGUUGUGACUCUUCAACAGAUGGAUGCGCAAAAGGACAAUCUUUAGUCAUACGCAUGAAUGAAUAAAGUAACAAACGUUUGUUCAAAGCAAGAAUAACAUUUAGUUUACAAUGGCCGGUCUUCAGAGCGCAACAAACGUAACGCGUAAUUUAACGAACCAGUUCGUCCAGCCACCGUGGCGCGUCGCGAUCUGGUCGGUCGCCUACAGUUCAGUACUAGCGGUCGCCGUGUUUGGAAACCUUAUUGUUAUUUGGAUCAUUUUGGCCCAUAAACGGAUGCGCACAGUGACUAACUAUUUCUUGCUCAACCUGGCUUUCUCCGACGCGUCGAUGGCUGCCUUCAAUACGCUGAUCAAUUUCAUUUACGCCACGCACGGAGAGUGGUACUUUGGAGAGGUCUACUGCAAGUUCCACAACUUCUUUCCCGUCACCGCAGUGUUUGCCAGCAUUUAUUCCAUGACAGCUAUUGCAGUCGACAGGUACAUGGCUAUAAUUCACCCAUUGAAGCCGCGGCUGUCAGCCACACCGACUAAAGUGGUCAUUCUCUGUAUUUGGGCACUCGCUGUGGUUUUGGCUUUUCCACUCUGUUUCUACUCGACCACGAGAACGAUGCCUCGCAGGACCGUCUGCUUCGUUGCCUGGCCGAGAUCUGCCAAGGAUUCAUUCAUGUAUCAUAUCAUAGUAACAGUGUUGGUGUACUUGCUCCCCCUUGUGGUAAUGGCCAUUACCUACACUAUAAUAGGGGUGACACUUUGGGGAGGAGAAAUCCCUGGAGAUUCUUCCGAUAACUAUGUGGGACAACUGCGUGCCAAAAGAAAGGUGGUGAAGAUGAUGAUCGUGGUGGUGGUGACCUUCGCCCUCUGCUGGUUGCCAUAUCACAUUUAUUUCAUUGUGACCGGACUAAAUAAGCAACUGAACAAGUGGAAGUCAAUCCAGCAGGUCUAUCUUUCUGUGCUGUGGUUGGCCAUGAGCUCCACGAUGUACAACCCGAUAAUUUACUGCUGCUUAAACAGCAGGUUUAGGGCUGGCUUUAAACGGGCCUUCAGGUGGUGUCCCUUCAUCCAGGUUUCGAGCUAUGACGAACUAGAGCUCCGCCCCACACGUCUCCACCCACGAAACCAGAGCAGUAUGUGCACCCUGUCACGGAUCGACACCAGCGUCCACGGCUACGACCCCCGCCACAGCAAUCGAAAGAGUGCCAAGUCCCACAAUCAUGUUGAGGUCAAAGACGAAAACGCAGUUGCCGUUAAACACUGUCUACACAGAGAGCCGACGUUUGCUGCCGAGCAGCUCAGCUGAAUUAAAAACAUGUCUUGGUGACCAGGGUUGUGUCCAAAUUUGCCCCUACAACAUUUUUUACUAUUCCCUAGUCUAAUAUAGUCCAUCCUUGAGGAAGCAAAAGAAAAUAAGUGAAUUCAUACAGGCCUGUUUCAGAUAACACUCCAAAAUGGCUGUGCCUUUAUAUGGUGCACUAUUCAAUUCAUUUUAGGUGUGCUUUAUUGGCAUGACAAAGUGUACAUUCAUCUUUCAAUAAGUUUGUAAAACAGUUCUUAGUGCCAAAUUGAGUCAAAAGCUUUUUUAAAGUCAGUAAAGCAUGCAUAUAUUUGACCUUUAUCUUGGUUAACAUGUUUUUUUAUUAGAGUAUGAAGCGUGUAAAUAUGAUCAGUUGUGCGGUAAUUUGGACAUCAGGACAUCGUGUGUGGUGAUGAAGUCUAAGAGUCCAGCGUUUAUUAAACUACAGAAUAGUUUUCCAAUCCCAGGAUAUUACUCACACAGGUGCCUCUAUAGUUGUUAGGGUCAAAUUUAUCUCCGUAUUUAAAGGUUGGUGUUAUGAAAUUGGUUAUAGCAGGCAAUUUCUGACACAGUCUUGGUGUAAAUGCUCCAUCUUGUAGGUGCCAAAAUUCCAUUAUAGACUUAACAUGUACAAUACAAAAAAUAAGUUGGAGUGUAUGUCAGUUUUGCAACACACUAAGACUAAGACUACAGGACACUCAAACCAAGUCUGUUAGAGAUUAAUACUGCCACCAGGUGGACAACUUUGAAACUUGGAUCAAGACAGUAGGGAUGUUGGGAACACAAUCUAACUACUACUGAUAUAAUUUUACAAUAACAGUAAGAGAAACAGAACUCAUCCUGAAAUGCUAAAUGUUUCAACAAAUAGCAUGAUACAAUGUUGUCACAUGACCUCAAUAUGUUUUCAUAUUGACUUUCAAAGUUUAAUUGAAUGUAUUAGAGAAUAAUCCUACACAUGUGAGCCAACAUUACUGUUGAUAGACAAGUUUUAAAAACUGUGCUGUCAGAUUAAUGUCCGCAAAGAUUGUGAGGAAAAAAGGAAAAAUAAUACAUUUGUGUUAUAGGAUUUAUUUUAGAUCAAGUAGACCUAUAUUCCAUGUGGUGGGGAAACAGAUGAAUGUAUAUAAUAGAAUACAUGUCAGUAUGUUAUAUUUUGUGGCAUCCACUGCUGAAUCAAAAGCAAAUUAUAAUGGUUUGCAUUACCAACUGUCAGCUGUUUACCAGUUAAACCAUUACUAAAUUCCUUGAUGUAGUGUGUUUUGGGCCUUAUUUUAGUAGGAUUUAAUGGUGGUCUGCGCGACAACAGAACAAAACACAAUUCCAGUAGAGACCCACAGAGACCAUUAUAAUUUCUGUAAACCAAAACAAUUCCCACUAUAACCUGUACAUUUAUUUGAAUUAAUGUGAUGGUGUGAUAUGCAGCCUAUAAUGUGCUAUAUUUAUGACAAUAUUUACAAAAUAUUUUUACAUGUGUGAUAAACAUGAAUGAUGUGCUUUUAAUUCUUGUUUUUGUUGUAAAUAAUGUGCAAAAGUUGUAUUUCAUGACUUAUGCAUAACAAUGUCAGUCAGAAUUGAGAUCUAUGAGAUAUCUGACUCAUAAUGUGAAUAUGCUGUUAGUAACUUGUAGUUAUCACAUUUUUAUGUUGGGUGUGAACAACUAUUUAUUAAAGUGAACAACUUUAACAAUUGCAACAUUGUUUGUUUGUUAUUGUUAAACCGUGUCCAUAAGAUUGUGCUGAAUGAUGAUUUUCUUCACAAAAAAAAGUUGCCUACAAAUCUAGGUAAAUGUAAAAAUGAUCAGAAAAUUGAAUUUAUAACAUAUUAAGAUCGAAACACAAACGCCAUACUUUUAUGUGGCGCAUGCAAUUUUAAAUAUAUGAUCCUGGUUUUUACGUGUUGCUCAUAGCAACCACUAGAUGGCGCCAUGUCAUGCACGUUUGAUGGAGGAGAUUAUCUGCUGAGCUUGGCAAAAGCAAUGGUUCUCAAAUUUCAUACAAGUCUGUACUAACAAGGGCACAUAUUUCCCACAGCGAUUCCAAUCCAUGUAAAAUGUUCAACUUUGAAAGAAAACAAAAUAAAGGUUAGAAAUUCAGAGUGGUUGUUGUGUUGUUUUCUAUUAUUAAAGAAAUAAUACGUGAUAUGCUAUUGCAGCAUGUGAAAGUUAAAAAUGGCUUGUCCUAUACCGUGUUUCUCUCUAUUUGUCUUCUGCAAUAGGCAAAUAAUAUAGAGUUAUAUCAUUUCAACUGUUACAUUCAAAUUCCUGACACAAAAUGGUCUUUUUUUCACAUGACUUACCUGUUUUGUCCUGCCACAUCCCCUAUAAGAAUAUCUUCCACAAUCUCCCUUCCUUUUCUCUGGUGGAAAAACCACAAUCCAUCCAUUGACGUAUUGACUGGAAAAAGUGCCCUAAUGGUACUGGCCAUAUAAAUCCUAAACCGAAUACAUAUGUUUAACUCUAGAGCAUUUCAUUGUAAUUUAUAAAGAGACAGAGUAAUACAAAAUGUAUAUAGAUGCUAUGUUUAAGUAUGAAAUGAAUAAUAAGAAGUCAAAAUAGCUGCGACUGAUCAAAAAGGUCCAUAAUGAGGGAAGUCACAAAGAAAACUGAUAACAUCUGUCUGAUA